AUGCCAGUCACUAUCAACAAGCUCUCGAACGAAGUGUUCCUAGACAUCUUCCAGUACCUCGACUACUUUGAAAUCAAGAAGUGCAUGCGCGUCAACAAAACCUUCAAUGCCAUCAUCAAGCAUACCGCUUUCGACAGAGUGCUGUUCCGUUCAGCAACUGUCAUCAGCAAGGAUGGCAUCAUCAAGGAUGCCACUUUGGCGACCCAUCCCGUCCUGAGACAUGCUCCGUACACCGAGAAGUCUCGCAUCAAGAAGAUUCAGCUCAGCAAACCUCACACUUACGAGGACUACGACCCCCCUAAGUACUUGCUUGAGAACAAGGUGGCCGAUGAAAAAGCAACCUCGCCCCCAGUUAGCUACCUGCGUAUCACACCCUGCCGAGUCCAGACCGAAGCUGAAAUCGAAAACCCACGCAGCGUCACAAUCCGCCAGCUCUAUGAGGCGAUGUGUAACCUCUACAAAGAUCCUGCUACAAUGCCACCACCCGAAGGGUACGGCGACUACAUUGGUCGCUUUGCCCUGUGCCAUUGGGUCUAUUAUGACCGUGGAGAGGAAUUCUCUCCCCGUGAUAUCCUUCUCGGGGGUCAUUGGGAUGAUUGA